AUGGCGACCAAAUCCUCCGACCUUAACGUCUAUAUUACAACAGGCUCGAGCUCGGAUACUAAAAGCUCUUUCCUCUCCGUUACACCACCCCUGCCUCAACCUCUAGGCCCUACAGCAACACUAUCCUACAUCUAUUCUACACCGCCCUCUUUUACCCUAACCAACAAUGCGGACCUAACCCACUACUACGCUACUGCCUCCUCUGGCCCCCCAUAUCAGUUUCCUGGCGCAGAGAGUAGCACUAUCACUUAUCUGGAUUUCGGGCCUAAUCCGGAACAGGAAGAAGGGUUCUGGCACCGGACGCAGACUAUAGAUUACAUUGUGGUGCUUGAAGGGGAGCUAGAGUUAGCUCUGGAUGGAGGCCAAAAGAGGGUGGUAAAGAAGGGAGAUGUGGUUAUACAGAGGGCACCUAUGCAUAAGUGGAAGAACCUGAGUAGGACGGAGAGCGCGAGGUACGUGGCUGUGCUGUUAGGAACAAAAGACGCAGUAGAAGGAGUGGUAGAGUAUGGUGGAGAGAAUUUGAGAUAG